AUGAAGACUACCGCUCUCCUGGUGCUCGCCGCCGGCGUUGGCGAGUCCGUUGCCACUUUCGGCUUCGGUGGCUUUGGCGGCUUCAGGGGUGCCAACCCCUUCACCUGCCCCGAUAACACCGACAACAGCAGGUGCGAGGAUAAGCAGAGGGGAGGCUUCGACUUCUCUGACCUCCUUCCCGGAAAGAAGGACUUCUUCGACUAUGGCGGCUUCAACUUCAAGGGCUUCGAGUGCAAGGAUGACCAGCGCAGCCGCCGAGAGCUGACCGGUGACUGCGGUCCCGACAAGGACUCCAACCCUUUCUUCGGCCGUGACAACGACAACUUCUCCAUCGACGAGAUUGAGAUCUACGCCGAGUUCGACACCGACCUCGAGUUCCACUACGACAUGCCCGACGGCAAGCUGUGCAAGCACCGAUCCCCCUGCUCGUCCAAGGGUUCCGUCGUCAAGAACACCCAGUGUGGUGGCGCCAAGAAGGUCACCGUGAUCCACCCCAAGCAGCCCAACAAGCCCAAGGCCAAGUGCGGUAUCCGCAUCCCUAAGAUCAGGUUCGACUGCAAGCCCCCCAAGACGACCACCCCUCCCAAGACCACCAAGAAGACCACCACCUCUCCUCCCGCUGCCACCGAGACUCCCGACGUUCCCGGAACCACCGAGGUUCCCGACGUUCCUGAGACUACUGAUGUUCCCGAGACUCCCGAGACCACUGAAGUCCCCGACGUUCCUGAGACCAGUGAGGUUCCUGACGUUCCUGGAACCACCGUCACCUCUUCUUCGCCCGAGGAGCCCAGCUCUCCCGCCGAGCAGGAGUCUUCCACCGUCCCCGAGGUCCCUGGCACUACCGUCACUUCCUCUUCUCCCGAGCAGCCUAGCUCUCCCGCUGGCGGCGAGGAGUCUUCCACUGCUGUUGGCGAGACCUCCGAGACCCCCGCGCAGCCUGAGACUACUGCUCCUCCCGAGAUCGAGACCUCUGUGACCACCCACCUCACCACCUCCACCAUCUUCACCACCGUCGUCUCCACCGUCACCAACUGCGGCCCCGAGGUUCCCGACUGCCCCAACGGCCAGGAGAGCACCGUCAUCGUCACCGCCACCGUGCCCCUGACCACCACCGUCUGCCCCGUCACCGAGAUCGUCACCCGCACCAAGGACACCCCCGUCCCCGCCACCUCGGACAAGAGCCCCAACGUCCCCUCGGUCUCCAGCGUGCCCGGAGUCCCCAGCGUCAUCUCCAGCGCCCCCGCCCCCGUCGAGACCCUCCCCUGCCCCGACGUUGUCCCCUCGUGCCUCAACACCUGGCUCUUCAGCGUCGGCUGCUCCGACAACACCGACACCGCCUGCUUCUGCCCCGACACCGCCUUCGUGCAGAACAUCUUCACCUGCAUCUACGCCUACGGUGAGACCGAGACCGUCAUCUCCGAGGCUAUCGUUUUCUUCCAGGGUAUCUGCGGUGGUCACAUCCCCGAGAACCCUGCCAUCGUCACCGGCAUCGACUCCAUCACCUCCAUCAUCACCGAGGCCCCCAAGCCCACCGUCCCCGCCGGGUACACCACCGUCACCGUCACCGUCACCACCGAGGUCCCCUGCGUCACUGACGGCGUCACCAUCUCUGGCUCCAGCACCACCACCGUCAUCGAGCAGACUGCCGAGAUUCCCAACGUCGGCUUCCAGACGAACUCGGAGGGCAACGUCAACGUCGUCCCUACCACCCCUGCCCCCGUCGUUCAGAACCCUGCUCCUUCGGCCACUGCCACUCCCAUCGGCACUUUCAUCUCUGUGCCCGUUGCCACUGGCACCCAGGCUGUUUCUCCCACCGGCCCCGUCAUCGUCUCCGGUGCGGGCAGGGUCGCUUCCGGCCUUGGUCUCGGCGUCGCCGCCGUUGUUGGCCUUGUUGUCCUCUUCUAA